UUUUCAUAAAAAUAAUGAUUUUGUUGUUGAGCUUGAAAAGUAAGUGUGUUAGUCUAUUUUUCGUUUAAACGGUUCGUCACUACUCAUGUGUAUAUACUAUAAAUUUAGAAGUAGGAGUAAAACGAAUGAACAUCUCAAGUGAUCAGCCGUAUGAUUUUACAGAAGCAGCAGAAGAAAUAGAAGUUCUCUCUGCUAUAUAUGAAGAGGAAUUUUUUAUCUUGGAGCCUGAGAACAAAGUCUACGAAAUAAGGAUCGACUCAAAAAUGGGUGAUACUACUAACAAGGAACAAAUUGUCCUGAAAUUCCAGCAGGUCCCUGGCUAUCCUUCGAUCAACCCAGUAAAAUAUGAAUUGCAUGCACCUUGGCUCAAGUGUAAUAUUCUUAAUGAACUCAAUAAACAAUUGCAGCUUGUAGUCUCGUCUUCACUUGGCUCCCCAGUUGUUUAUUUGUUGGUCGAGACUGUUAGGUCAUUCAUGUGUAAUUAUUUGUCUUCGAGUGCUGAAAAUCUAACCGUUCAUAAAGUUGAAGCAUCAUCAUCACAGUCUGUGCCGGACAAUCACGAACAAUCAAGUGCGGUUGUAUCGGUGCCUUCAGUAAAAUCUCAUCUUGACAUAUCUCCACAGAUUUUGCCAUUUGCUUUAAACUCAAAAGUACCAGAGAUUUAUCAUGGUGAACCGCUUAUAGAUCGUAAAAGUAUUUUCCAGGCUCAUUGUGCACGUGUUUCGACCCGUGGUGAAGUAUCCCUUUUUAUAUCAACACUGCUUACGGAUAGAAAAGUUGCUACAGCUACUCAUAAUAUCCUAGCUUGGCGUAUCUCCUCCAAAGAAGCUGACUGUGACGAUGAUGGAGAAACACAUGCAGGUGGUCGACUAUUACAUUUACUUACAUUAUCAGGAAUUGAAAAUGUAGCGGUUAUGGUAAGUCGAUGGUAUGGUGGUAUCCAACUUGGACCUGAUCGAUUCAAACAUAUCAACAAUGUUGCUCGCCUUUUAUUAACUGAACAUAAAUUCUUAUCGAAUGCCAGUGACGUUAGUAAUAAUAAUGGUACAGGACAUCAGAAAAAACAUAAACACGACAAAAAGAAAAAGAAAUAAAACGACUUGUUUUUCUCUCACAAAGAUUCAUUUAUGUUUCAGUUUUGUAAAUUUGUUGUUUUGUCUUCUACUAUUAUUUCUUUUAUGUUUCGGGAAGAGGCUAGAGGUGGCUAAACCAAAACAUGCUAUUAGUCUAUGAAGUCUUUGAUUGUUGGUUUAAUUCAUGCUGGUACAUUUUUAACUCUCCGGUUGGUAUCAGCGCAAUAACUACAAUUAGUGGUUAGUGACUUCAGGUGAUAUGCUUCAGUGUCGUCUUUAUCUCUUGAGGUUUACUCUUUCUUUAUAUUAUUACUAUUACAUUAUUUUAAUAUUUUUUUGUUACUUUCAUCGCGUUACGCUAAUUUGGUAUGGCAACAUAGAUCAACUCACACAUGUACCAGGUUCUAUACCGUUGACGAUGAUAACUUAAUAUUUUGUUAUUUUGUAGUAACUAUAAAUGACACCACUUGUUCAUUUAACAGCUGCGAUAAGUUAAGUGGGCAACAUGUUUUUAAUGAAAGAAAACAACGAAAACUGGCAAAAGUAUAGUUAUAUGAAAAGAAACUUGAAUGAUUCUUAAAAUAAUCGUGUGAUUUCGGAACCAAUUUUUAGCCAAUUACUAGAGGGUCGAAAGUAUUCCUCAAUAAAUGUUACGGUGAAAUCUGUUAGAGUUUAGUGGUUUGAGGAAUUUCGAUUUUUAAAGCCUGUUAUCAGGUGAUAUGUCAAGUGGACCAGACAGUGUUUUUAACUAAGAUGCUAAUACGUAUUGUUUAGUAAUUAAACAAGUGUUCACUUAUGUAAUCAUUGCAAAUGGCUUUUUACCAGUAAGUUGUAAGUGGGAAUCAUUUUGCUUAUUAUAAUAUGUAUUAUUGACUUCAGACUUAUAUUUUCAGUCUUCAGUGGCCUAUGUUAACCAUUGUAGCUUAUUUUCCAUUGGAAAUCCAAUUUCUUGAGUGUUUACUGACAGACUUGAUAUCAUUUGUUCGGUUAGGCCGUUCCAUUUGUUGAGCACUCAAUAAGAAAAACGAAAUUUCACUCAGUUUAUUUGAUUGCCGUUUUAGAACAUUCUUUCUGUGGCAUUGGAGAUGAUUAGUUCUGGAG